CUCUCUCUCUCUCUCUGCCUCUCCUUCUCCCACCUUGGACCUGAUCAUGGGCGUCUCUCGUCCGGCCGUGCGUUUGGCGCUGGCGCUGAUGGCGCUGCUUGGGCUGGCCCUGCUGGCGACCCAGGCGGUCCCCGUUCGGCCGGUGGCCACGAUGGCCCCCUCUUCGGUGCCUGUACAGCUAGAUGACAUUCAGCUCCGGAUGGCCACUCACCAGGCACACCGCCAUGCAUUGGUCUUUUUCUACACCGAGUGGUGCGACGAUUGCCGGGAUCUGGAGGAUCACUUUAACGACGCGGCCGUCGGUCUGUCGGACUUUGCCGAGUCGAUCCUUGUGGGCCGACUGGACGGCGAAUACUUCCCCUCGAUCGCUCGCAAGUACUCCCCCGAAGGGUUCCCCUCACUGGCGCUCAUCCCCCGGGAAGACCCUACGGCUGUGGCUUUUUAUGAGGGCCCGAAUGAUGUGCACGCCAUUUUGGACUUCGUGCGCCAGCACACCGGGCUGAACGCCCUGCCGCCGUUGCCCCGGCCGCGCUUCCUGCAACCUCUGACCGGUUACCAAAUGCUGGAGCAUGCGGCCCGCGGCGAGCAGCAUGUCGUGGCUCUGCUCUAUGCCCCUUGGUGCUACCACUCCACGCGUAUGUUGAGUGUGAUGGAGCGUGUGGCGGCUCUCUUUGCCACCGAGCCCACUGUCCUGCUGAUUCGCGUGGAUCUGGAUGAGAGCCCUUACCUGCGCGAGGAAAUCGGCACGGUGGCGCCCCCGUCGUUGGUGCUCUUCCCUCGAGGGGCACCGGCCGAUGCGCUGCCGCUUGAGUUCGGCGCGUCGCGUGACCUGGAGAACAUUGUGGACUUCAUCAACCGGCAAACCGGCACCCAGCGUCACCAUUAUGGCGGAUUCUUGCCGGAGGUUGGCCGGCUGCCAGAGCUCGACCGGUUGGCGGCCGACUUUGCCAUGGCCCAGUGCCCUGGCGCCAGUGUCACCGCCGGCGCCCGGGCCGCCUCCGACAUUCUCCGCCAAACAGCCCAACACAUGGCUGAUGGGCAGUUUACCUCGGCUGAGGUUGCCCCCUACCUGGCCGUCAUGCAGGGGGCCCUGCACGAGCCGGGCUUCAUCGGCCGAGAGCUCCGGCGCCUGGAGCGCCUGGUCCAUUCGCGGUCAAUCACCCAGGAGCAAGCCGAUCGAAUGCACCUCCGGGCUAAUGUUCUCCGGGCCUUUGUGCACGAUUGCGGGCAGAGGCCCGAGCCGGAGCCCGUCGCUGAUGGCUGGGCCGCCGUCCGGUCUCACGAUGAAGACCUACCUUGAACAGAGCCCUCCCCGUGCUUAGCCUUGCCCUUUGGAAUAGAUGACAACUCUCUUCC